CAAAAACGGAACGCGAGUGGCCAAGUGCCGCCCUGUCACAACACAUCAGCAUGCUGCCUCUUGACCGUCAUAAGUACACCACUGACGUCACAUCUAGGCCAAACAAACACAACAUCUGCUAGCCCCCGUUCGUCGGUAUUCAGUGCCAGCGAGCCCGUUGCAACUUGAUUAAGCCCUGAAACACCAGAAAUGCCAUCAGGAGCCCCCUGUAUUUUGUUAUGGAGCUAGCGGCCAUGUCCAGCAAUACAACGCAGCAUGGGGCCGUGAAGAGGCCAGGCGUAGCUGGAGUAGCGGUCGCGGAGCGCGGCUCCAAAACAUCUAUCGGGAGCUACGCCAGCAAGUAUGGAGGCCGCGUCAGCCAAGCCUCCAGCAAGGCCUCGAGUGUCAAGCAGGCGCUUGACCCUGAGCCGGCUGCCUGGGCGGGUGAGGAAACCUCCGCCCCUGCGGAUCCGGCAGCUGCGAACGAGUCAGCGACUGGUGUCAGCACCACUCGUAGCUCUCAGAAAUCUGCAGCGGCGAGCAGAAUGCAUAGCAAGCUGGAGUUGACCCUGCCAAACCCGGAUGAGCAGCGGGAAGACCAGGAGAACGUGGUUCCAAGGACUCCCAACACGCCGCAGACGUCGACCAGCACCCUGGGGCGAAUGGCAGGUGCUGCCUCCGCCGCCUCGCCGCUGGCUGUCAUGGCAGGCAGGGGCUCUUCUUCCGCGCUUGCCCCAGUGCUGGUACAUGCUCCCGUCGUGGCGCCUGUGGCAGCACCCGCAUCUAUGGCGGAGGUUGUUGCACCAGUCCGGAGGCAUGCUGGGGCUCCCAUCACGGGAGCUACGCUGGUACGGGAGCUGGUGCAGGCCUCAGGCACCGGAAUUAGCGACGCUCUGAACCUGAGCGCCAAAGCGCUCAAGGGUCAGGCGAAGACGACCAAUUCCUGGCGCACACGGAGCUACAAUAAGAACAUGGAGAGUGAGGUGACGCUUAAGCUGAAGCUGAAGACGUACAUCAGCGUGGCAAUCCAGGUGGUGUUCAAGGACAGCCUGACGGCGCCGCAGUCAGUGCGCAUCGCGCAUUCGGGCACGCAAACCGGGCCGUACAAACCCGUUGGCGGGGCUGACGUGACGCUUGGGUGUCCCGGCAGCAGUGCCAGCGACGGGCGACUGAGGCAGACGUUCCUGGUUGGCGGCACCGGUGCACCAGUGCAGCAGUACCUGCGCAUUACGUUCGUGGGGCACGCGGUCAACAACACGUCAGGCGCGCACGACGUGAAGUCGCUGGACGUGCUUCCGGCGCCGGCAAGCGGGCCUUCGCCCGCACCCGCGCCGGCAGGCCUGGCCCUUCCAGCUCAGGCGCCAUCGCUGCCUGCUGCGCCCGCAGCGGCCGCGCCGCCCAGCUCCCGCCCAGGCCCGCCGCCGGCGCUGAUCAUCCCGCAGGGUCCGGCCGUCAACCCGCGCAUCACCUCGCCGCUGGUGUCGCCGCUGAACCAGCCCGCCAUCCUCAACCAGCGCUACACCAGCCCAGCCGUGGCGGCCAAGCAGCUGCCGGCGCGGCCGCCGCGCUACGACGAGCAGCAGGCGUCCUCGUUCGCCACGGACGCCAGCCGUAGCCGACCCGAGCCCCGCGACACUGCCAGCUCGCGCGCCGGUGCCGCUGGCACCGCCGCACUCCAGCAGCUUGACUCGCAGCACCAGUACGGCGUGGCUCACUUCCAGGCACACUUGCACCAGCCGCUGGCGAGCCUGCGCGGGCAGAGCUUCCCAGCCCCCACGAGCGGGCCGGCGGCACGUGCUCCUCGCGUUCCUGCGGACGCCUCCUCGCGCUCGCUCAUCGCCGCGGCAACUUCAUCCGCCGCCCUCACGCAGCAUACCGGCGGUGUUGUGAUGCCGGCACCAUCAACGGCACCAGGCCGCGCCGGCAUCGCUGCCGGCUCUUCACUCAAAGCCAUGGGCUCGGGAGCGGCGGCGGCGGGCGCCAGCGGAAAGGAAGAGGGGAUGGCGCCAGCUGCCGGCAGCACCGGCUCGGCCGCUGGCAGUGGCAGCAGCCGGCCCGGAGUAGGCGUGGGCGUGGGGCGGAGCGGGGCCCGCUCCAGCCGCGCGCGCGCCUCCAACUGCCGCUUCAUGCCGCUGCACACACCCAUUCCCGAGGUGCCUGAGAGCAACCUGAACACGCCGCUGGACGGCUUGGAGCCUGCGACGGUGCGGCCCAUCCUGCCGCGCGCCCGCCUGAUCGAGCUCGCGCCGGACACCUGCGAUUCCGCGGCCCACGGCGCCAGCGCCAGUUGCGGCAUCGCGACCCCAGCAGCGCAUGGAGACGCCGCCGGCGCUGGCGCCACUGCCACUGUGCCGGAUGACGAGGUCAGCCCGCUGCGGCUGAUGCCGUCGCUGCACGGCACGAGCAGCCUGGGCGGCAGUGCCGGCGGUGGCAGCGGCAGCCUGCACACGUCGUUCUCGCUGGCGGCGGUGGCGAGCCACACGUGCGGCAGCCGCACCGUGGACUACGACCUCGACGACGACGAAGUGGAGCGCGGCAGCAGCCCCGGGGGGGACAGUGUCGCUGGCGGGUUGGAUGAGGAGGGGGAGGAGGACGCGGAGGAGGGCGGGGAUGAGACUGGCAGGGCGGGAACUGAGGAGGGUGGUGUGAAGAGGCUCUGGCAGCGGGAAGAGGGCAUGGAGGCUGAGACGGAGGAGCCGGCGCGCGAGCCGAGCUUCUCUGGGAGGGUCAGCGGCGGCGCUGCCGGCGCCGCAGUGCCGCCGGUGGCUGCAAGCAACAGUUUCCGCAGCAGCCACUCCGCGAGCUACGGCGCGCCGGCCGCGCCUGCGGCAGCGCCGCCUGCCGCUGUGGCCGGCGCCAUCGCUGCCGAGCGCAGCCCAGUGGACGAGGCCGUGGCGCGCAACGCCCGCCAGUCACUGAUCACGCUGAUGGGGCUGGGCGACACGCCCAACUCGGAGCGCACCCGCACCCGGCUGAACUCGCUACACCUGCCGGACGCCAUGCGCGAGUAUGAGGCCAGCCGCGCCGCGGCCUCCACAGGCGGCGUGGCGGCCUCGGCCUCGGUCUCGGCCGAGGCCCAGCCCCCCAGCAUCAUCGGCAGCGCCGCCGCCGCCGCCGCCGCGGUCCGCAACAGCCUGGCCGCGUCCAGCAGCUCAUCGCUUCCGCCGGCAGUAGCGGAGGCCGUGGCGGCGCUAGGGAAUGUGGCGGCGCCGCGGGCUGCGCCUCCACCGCCGCCGCCCGGCCCGCCUCCUCCUCCGCCGCCUCUGGUGAUGGUGCAGUCGUCGCUGCCGCCUCCGCCACCGCCCCCGGGGCCUCCACCGCCUCCGCUACCAGUCGUGAUGGCUAACGGUACGCGCUCAGCCGGUGCACCGCCCCCACCACCUCCGGGCCCGCCACCGCCGCCGCCACCUGUGGUCGUGUCAGCGGGACCGUCAGCCUCGGCACCACCCCCGCCGCCCCCGGGGCCGCCGCCGCCGCCGCCGUUUGGUGUGGCGGCUCGGCCGGCGUCUGUGUUCUCGCCACCGCCGCCGCCUGGGCCUCCGCCUCCACCACCAAUCGCGGUGGCGACGCGAGCCGGGGCGCCCCCACCUCCCCCGCCACCGGGUCCCCCACCGCCACCGGCGGUUGGACCGGCAUCGCGGAGCGGCGCGCCGCCGCCGCCGCCCCCGGGCCCGCCGCCGCCCCCGGUGCUGCGCACGCCCAUCCUGCCUCCGCGGACCGCGGCCGAGUGGGAGGUAGCCGGCCUGGACGGCAAGCCGUCGCCGCUGCUCACACCGGCAUCCUCAGGCUCCAAGGCGCCUCCACCUCCACCCCCAGGCCCACCACCGCCACCAGGCGUGGCCCGCGGAGCGCCUCCGCCGCCUCCGCCUCCGCCUCCUCCCCCUCCGGUUAUGAGGGCAGCCGGCGGCGCGCCGCCGCCGCCCCCACCUCCGCCUCCCGGUGCCGCAGGGCGCGGCCCGCAGCCUGCGGCCGCAGCCGCCGCUUCAGGCGCCAUCACGCCGGAGCCGGCCGCCAAGCCCAGCAAGCCCACCAGCAAGCUGCACUGGAAGAAGCUGCCGCAGUACGCGGCCAAGAACAGCGUGUGGACGGAGAUCACGCCCGUCAAGGUGGAUGUGGACUACGAAACGCUGGAAAACGACUUCGCGGUGUUGACGCAGCCCGCGCGCUCCAAGGGUGGCGUGGGCAGCCUGAAGCGCUCCGCGCCCACCGUCACCAUCAUUGACGGCAAGCGCGCGCAGAACAUAGCCAUCCGGCUGUCCAAGUUUAAGGGCGACUCGCACGCGCAGCUGGUGGCGCGGCUGGUGCGCAUGACCACUACGGGCGAGAUUGACAUGGACGAGGAGAUGCUGGAGACGGUGGUGGGCACCUUCCCCAGCGAUGAGGACCGCAAGCAGCUGCAGGCGUACAGCGGCGGCCGCACGGGCAUCAGUGAGGCCGACAACUACCUACUGGAGCUGCUGCCGGUGGUGGACGACCUGGCUCCCAAGAUGCAGCUGUGCAUGGGCAUGGUGUCCAUGCCGCGCACGCUCGCAAGCGCCAAGGAGAACGUGGCGGUGGUCGCGCGCGCCUGCGACGAGGUGCGCAGCAGCAGCCUCAUGCGGCACCUGCUCAAGCUGGCGCUGGAGAUCGGCAACUUCCUCAACGCCAGCUCGCCGCAGGGCGCGGCCGUGGGCUUCAAUCUGGAGACCCUCUCCAAGCUGCGCGACGUCAAGUCCUCCUCCAACCCCGCCCAGACGCUGCUGCACUUCAUCGCGCGGCAGCAGAUGCGGCAGUGCCCGGAUGAGUCGCUGGCGGAGCAGCUGGCCGCCUGCGCACCCGCCAGCCGCCUCAACUGGCCCAAGACGAUGGAGGACCUGCGCACCAUGCGCGCCAAGCUGAACGAGCUGUCUGCCAAGCUGCCGCCCGUAGAGGCCGCCGCCACCGCCACGCCCUUCCAGGCCGCAGCGCGCACGUUCAUAGACGGUACACUGGCGGAGCUGGACGCGGCGGAGGCCGAUGCGCGGGAGGCGCAGCGCGCCUUUGAGCAGCUGCGCUCCUACCUGAACGGCACCGGCGACAAGAGCGACAUGAAGGACUUUUUCGGCAUCCUCACGCGCUUUGCCACCGACCUGGCCAAGGCGCACACCGAAAACAAGGAGAUGGACACGCGGGCUGCCCGGCAGAAGCUGGCUGCGGAGCAGCGGACACCGGUGGCGCCGCGUCGUGGGCUGGCCGGCCGGGUGGCUCCCGCCAGCGACCCUGGGCCCAAGGACCGCGUGCUCAACACCAUCCGUGCCUUCGGUCGGCUGCGCCCCGCGGAGCGCAAAGCGUUGCUCACUGAGAAGGGCGCGCGCGAGCGCAUGCGCCAGGAGAACAUCACCGUGCGCCAGAGCAUCGCCCACCUGCCGCCCAAGCCACUGCACGGGGCUACAACGGGCUCAAAGGCGAUGCGCGCCUCGGUGAUUGGCACCAGCAUCCUGUCGUCCCGUGCCGCUGCGCCGUCGCCGGCAUCAGCCGCCGCCUCUGGCGCCACCGCCGCUGCUGCCAGCGCCCUCCGCCGCAGCGUCAUCGCGGCCUCUGGCGCCACCGCCGCUACUGCCAGCGCUCUCCGCCGCAGCGUCGUCAUCGCCUCUGGUGCCACUGGCGGCAAUGCGCUCCGCCGCAGCGUCGCUGCUGCCGGCGCUGCUGCGGGCGCUGCCGGUCUCCGCCGCAGCAUGGCGGCUGGUGCCGCCUCGGUCAGCGCUCUGCGCCGCAGCAUGGCCACGAUGCCCAAGAAGGCUGUAGCGGCUGCUGCUGCUGAGGGCGCGGCUGACGCUGAGCCCGAGCCUGCCGUGGUGGGCGGACUGCUGGAACAGUUCAGCCGCGAGGCGCUGCUGCGCCUCAGCAUGCCCACCGAGCUGCUGCAAGCCGCCAUGAAGCAAGCCCGCGAGUCAGCCAGCGCCGGUGGCUGCGUUGCCGCAGUCGGAGCCGUUGGAGGCGUAGCCCGGAGCAUGGUCAUUGUGGGCGGGCGGCGCGGCAGUGGUGGUGGCGCGGGCGGACGGAGCCCCUCGGCAGGCAGCGGCAUGGCGGGUCCGGCGGUGGGGAUUGAGCGCAUUGACGAGGAGAGCCCAGCCAUGCUUGGGGCUGAGCGCGACGCGGCGGCGGGCGGAUCACCCUCCUCCCAGGCGCCCCGCCAGUCGCCCUUCACGCGGCACCAGCGCUCCCGCUCCCACAUCCCGCAGGGCGCCGGCAGCCGGCCCCCUCCCCUGGACCUGUCCAAAUUGCGCAUGAGCAUGACCUCAGCCGGCGGAGCCGGCGGCGACCCUGCCAGCACCCGCCGCGUUGGGGUGCGGCUCUCCACGGCGCGCCAGACUCCCCGCAUCCGCACGCUGCUGACGCCCAAGCUGCGUCCGACGCGCACGCCGCGGCUGCCCAACAGCAACGGGCGCGGCGGCAACAGCACGCUGCCGCAUUGCAUGGCCAGCACACCGCUGCUGGACCAGUGGGCGGCGGCGGCGGGGCGCCGUGCGGAGUGGCUGGAGGACGCGGACACUGACGCCGAUGAGCAGGGGAUGCUGUCGGAGCGGCCCACGCUGCCUCCUCUUGACGAGGUCAUGUCGCCCUCGCCCGAGCUGCCGGUGCGCCAGCUGGCGCGCAUGCUGCACUCGGACGAGCCUGAUGAGGCGCGGGAGGCAGCAGCCGCGGCCGUGGCGACCAGCAGCACCACCGCAGCUCCCGGCGAGGAGGGCGGCAUGGCCCUGCUGUGCUCUGCCAGCAGCCUGAAGGCCGGCAUUGCUGAGCUGCCAGCCGCCACCUCGAAGCCGGCAGAGCAAGCGGCUGGCAUGCCGCCGCUGGGCGCCUCAGAGUCUCCGGAGCCGGCUGCCGUGCAGCAGGGCCGCGGCGCCAGCUCCAUCAGCAUCAGCGCAGGGCGGUCGGCUGCGCCGGCGGCAAGCUCUCAGGUGCCGUUCAACCUGCGCGCGUCCAUGAAGCAGAUUGCCACGGACGCGGCCGCGGUGGCCGCUCGCCGCCGCUCGUCAGGGGGCGGCUCACUGGUGGCGCGCGGAACGGGGGCGUCCCCGGCCGCGUCAAGAGCCAGCGUGGCGCCUGCACCCGCUACUGCCAGCGCAGCGCACCCCGCGGCCACACGGGGCACCAAGGCUAGGCCCACCACAAGCACCUCGCCCGCAACCGCAAUGGCCCGGCUCGGCAGCGGUGGCCGCGCAGUUGCGCCGUCGCCGUCCACCGCGGCUGUGCGAUGGGUAUCAGGAAACAGCAGCGCCACGCCCACCAUGCAGAAAUCGCAGGCUAGCCGGCUGAGGCGCUGCCCGUCGCGCACGACCAACUCUGCCCCUGCUUUGCCUGCGUCCACGCACCAUGGGACAGCUGGCCAGACCUGCCAGGCCGCAGCCGCGGAGGCGCCGCCCACCCCUGCCUCGUGCCCCAGCCGAUCUCCCUCAGCCGCCGCUCCCGCUGACGCCGUCACGCCGGUUCAGCAGCGCAAGCCGCCGGCCGGCAGCAGCAGCGUGGUCAGCCUGGGCCAGAAGCGCUCGCGUUCCUCGGACAUGUUCAGCAUCCCGCUGCCCUCCAUCGUGGACGGCAACAACCACCCCGCCCUCACCAGUGCCAGCAAGCGCGCGACCGCGGCUGACCGCAGCGUGCUGCUACCGCAGGGCCCCUUCGACUUCCCGCCCCCGCCCCAGCGGCCCUACGAGCCGCACAACGACGCGCCGCCGGCGUCGUCCUCCAACCCCACCGUCACGCCCACAGGCACGCCCGCCAAGGACGCGCAAGCACCGGCGGUGGUGUUGCAGGGCAGCGAUCUAUCAGAGCUCAGCAGCAGCGGCGAGGGCGCCCCGGCUCGGGCCGGUGAUGGGGGUGGGUCAUCGGCCUCCGCGUCUGGGGCAACACUGGGGGGUAGCUGCGGCGCGGCCUUGCAGGCAGGGCAGAGCCGCGGCAGUGGGCCGACCAGCUCUGGCACAGGCGCGCAGGCUGUUGCUGGUCGCAGGCCCGACGGGCAUGGGGUGCGCAGCAGUGCCGCUUCGGUCAGCUCCGGGCCAGCCGGUGUCGGCCCAGGCUCAGCCAGCACGAGCAUCGACCGUACGCCUGGCGGCUCGUACGGCAGCCGCGCUCACCACCAACACGGCACCCAACACUCAAGCAAGCAAUGGCAGCCAGCACACGGGCAGCAGCAACGCAGCAGUGGCGGUGGUGGUGGCAGCAGCAGCAACCGGCCAAGCGGCAGCGGCGGGGGCGCCGGUGGCAGCGGCAGCGGGCAGCAGCUAGUGUCCGGGGUUGCCUCCGGCCAGCCAGCUAACGUGGGGCCGCUCGAGCACUUCCGCAGCGGCCGCCACAACCCCACCACGGCAGUGCUACUGGGCUACAUGCCUGAGGAUUUUAUGCCACUGCAGGCUCAGUUGCAAAGCCGCGCCACGCGGCAGCAACAGCAGUCACAACAGGGCACGGGCACGGCGGCAGCAGGCUCGGCGGGGAGCAGCGGGCGGCGCCCUGGCGUCUCGGGCACUGCUGGCGCCGUGGCAAGUCCUAGCGGAGCGGUGUCAGCUGGGUCGCAGCGCGGGCGCGUGGCGGCACCGGUUGCAUCUCGCACGCUCAGAACAGCAGGGACAAGUGGCAGCAGCGGGGGCAGCGAUGGCAACGCGGGCAGGCGCAGCUCUACAGGGGCGCAACCUGUGGCGCUGCGAGCGGGUGGCUCGUCCAACGGUGGUGCCUCAAGAGGCGGGACGCUGCAGGCAUGGGCCGAGGAGCCGGCGGAGGAGCUCGAGCCCAUGAGCUCCCCAGCGGCGGCCUCAGUCCCCUCGGAUCCCCCGGUCGCGCAGCUCAUUACGCCGCUUCGAGAGAUCAACAGCGCGUCGGCGGGCGGCAACGCGGGUGGGGCCAUCGGCCCAUUGCAGCGUGGGCUGAUGCGCACGGGAUCACACACCUCGCAACAAGAUGCCCAAGGACCUGGCACAGCAGCUGCGGGCCCGGCGACCGCAAUGCGCUUCAUGGGGCCGCUGGCGCACGCCCUCAUGAACAACCGCGCCCGCGGCGGGAGCUCCUGCCCCGCGCGCAGCAGCUGGGGCGAGGCGCCGGUGCCCGCCUCCCACUGCACCAGCGCCAUCGACUCAGCGGACUGGGCGGGCACAUUUCCCACCGCGGGUGCCGAGGGCGACGACACGCUUGGCGGCGACCAGCAGCGAGCCGCAGCGGCGGCGUUGGCCGCGUAUCGUGAAGGCGCUGGCGGCGUUGAUGCCGACAGCGCGGCCGACGCGGCUGCGCUGGGCUCCCACCAGCACCUGAGCAUGAGCACCGACUUCUACCGCACCAUGCAGCAGGGCGGCAUGCAGCUUCCGCUGCCCAGCACGCGGGAGGAGCUGCUAGCGGAGGCGGCCGGAGACGCCGCCAGCGGCGCGGCAGGCGGCAUGGCGGGAACGAGUGGGCGGGGGCUGGCGGCUGGCGAUAAGGCGGGCAGCAACAGCGGUGGUGCCGCGCACUUCACGUACACAGUGUCUGCAACAACGCCGCUGGUGGAGACGCUGCGGCCGUUGGGAAGUCGGCGGGGCGGCUCCGAGCCGGGUGCAGCAGGAGUCGUACAAGGGCACAGUGUGGAGGCGCGCCGUGCUACUGUGGGUGGCGGUAGCGGUGGGGGUGGCAGCGUGGCGGCAAGCUAUAGCAGAUCCUCAUUAGAGGCCGCUGGUCGGGCUGUGCCGGUGGCGUGGCCUGAGGAUGCGGGCGAGCGCGGUAUGCGGCUAUACGAGCGGUUGGGCGGAUGACGGAAGGGAAGGAAUAGGUGAUCAUCGCAGUAACAUACAUGCAGGAGCUUCAGUGCUAGGCUAAUACCGUAAGGUUGUGCUAGCUGCCGUGUUUAUGUGCUGCUGGUGAGUUGUGGCAGCUGUGAGAUAUGUUGAUUGGGUUGGGAUGGCCACGGGGAGCUGGGGCACUAUCACGUGUGCAUCCCUGGCAGGGGUCGUAUCUUGUUUUCGGGGUGAUGUCUGGUUCCAGACAAAAACGGCCGGAUGGCCGCCGUCUUUUGUCUGGGCACAAGGUGGUUUGGGGGCUUCUCCAUAGGAAUUCGGACAAAACCCGCCCCAAACCCGGGCCAACAAAGUCUCACCCCAGACAUCAGCCAAAAUGGCCGAUUAAUGUCUGGAGACAUUAAGAUAGGAGCCCUGAUCCCUGGGCAUUAUCAGACCAGAAAGGUACGAGGGCAGGCACGGUGUGAGGGAUACCGUAGUCUAGUGCGUGAUAAUGGGGUUGGUACCGGCGUGUACGGGUGUUGUGCGUGCCGCCACCGUCAGGAGAGCGCAGCGGCGUGCAAACCACACUGAUGGCGUGGGUGCUGGCACCUUCAUUGGUCGGACUUUCCCCUCUUGAAUGUCGCAUACAUACGGUAUUGAUGGCACCGGAACGUCCUUUCGAAGACAAAGCGGAGAAAGCCAGGGGCUAGGGGCAGGGAAUUCUUUUUCUGAGA